AUGGGAGUGUAUGUAUGGGUGCUGUGAAGGGGGCAGUGAGUGGGGGUCAGCACUACUGGACUAACAGUGCGUUUGUGUUAAACAAUGAAUUGUUUACAACUGUUUAUAAUUAAAUAAACAGUUAUUAAAUUUGCCAUUAAUUAUGAGAGGAUUGUGUUUAAUAGCGCUAACACUGUGUGGGUGUGUAUGGGUUGGUGUGUUUGGGGGUCGGAUGACGGGUGGCCUCCGAGACAUGGAUGCGGACAGCGAUGACGUGAAGUCGAUGACUGGUCUGGCGGUGACGAUGUAUAACAAGGGAUCCAAUUCUGUGUACAACAAGCGCUUGAUUGCCAUCAAAGACGCCAAACAACAAGUGGUGUCCGGAAGACAGCUCUUCAUCACAUUCACCGUCGGAGACACCAAAUGCACGAAACACUCGGUCCCGACCGACGAGGAAUGUCCGCUCACUGGACAAGGGAGAGUGGAGACGUGUUCGGCCACUAUAUGGCAGAGGAGAGAAGAAGACAAUUCAUGGAGCGAUUCGGACUCUAACUCGAGCUCAACAACAAAGGAGUGCAAAGAAUAUGAUUCCGAUCCUAAUUGUGGCCAAAACCAGGACUCUCUCGAGAGUUCCGGUGAUUUGCCGCCUAUUAUUGCCGUAAAUGAGAGGCCAUUAUGUUCUGGUAAUGCAUGUAAUGUUAAAUCCGAAGAUAAUUACGAAGAAGAGAGCAGUGAACCCGAUUCUGGAUCAGAUUCUGGGUCUGACUCUUACAGUGAAGAGCAAUAUAGCGAUGAUGUCAUCGAAACGAGAGCUGAGAUGAGUAUUUCA